AUGCCUACCACCCCAGAGCCUACUACAGCCCCAGAAGCUGCCCCAGAAGGUGCCCGAGAAGCUGCUUCUGGAGGAGAAUCGAAGCCCUAUUCUACACGUCUUAAUAGGGAUGACCGUAUUCGCAUAUUAACACUACGAGAAGCUGGUUUUACCUAUCUACAAAUCGCUUCACAGCUUCAUAUUACUCAUGACCAAGUUCAAUAUACGUGUCAAAGCCAACAAGCUACACCUAAAAAGGCUCGAGGCAGGACUCCAAAGCUCUCGGAAGAAGAUGUUGACCGGGUUAUUGAUUGGAUAAGCUCUUCAAAACGUACGCGCCGUAUGCCUUAUUAUAAGGUAAUACGUGAGCUUGAUCUUCCUAUUGGAGCUACCGCAUUGGCUCGAGCACUUAAAAAGAGAGGAUAUACGCGUUGCAAAGCCCUACGAAAGCCUCCUCUAUCAGAUGAGCAUAAACGUGCUUCCAUAAAAGAAUCUGGGUCACUAGAAAAGCUGGUGAAGAGCUAG